AUGCAUAUUCAAACUUGUCACUCCGUUAAAACACUUCCACUAACAUGGAACAUUCCCAAAACCAUGAACAACCCAACACAUCGCCACCUACUUCCACCACCAAAAUCCACCGUCUCCGCCGCACCGCCUCCGCUAAAACUCUCCAAAACCCACUCAAUGCCACCGGAAAAACUCGAAAUUUUCAAGUCACUAGAAACCUGGGCUUCUGAGUCUGUAUUACCACUGUUAAAGCCCGUGGAACAAUGCUGGCAGCCACAGGGUUUUCUCCCUGAUCCUUCGUUACCGUUUGAUGAAUUCACUGAUAAGGUGAAAGCUCUUCGGGAUCGAACCAAAGAGCUUCCGGAUGAGUAUUUUGUUGUGUUGGUGGGUGAUAUGGUGACGGAAGAUGCGCUUCCGACUUAUCAGAGUAUGAUUAAUGGGCUUGACGGAGUUGGUGAUGAGAGUGGCGCGAGUCCAAGCCCGUGGGCCGUGUGGACACGGGCUUGGACUGCGGAAGAGAAUAGGCAUGGAGAUUUGCUUAGGACUUAUUUGUAUCUUUCUGGGAGGGUCGAUAUGGAGAAGAUUGAGAAAACUGUUCAGUAUCUUAUUGGAGCUGGCAUGGACCCAGGAACAGAAAACAAUCCAUAUUUGGGAUUCGUAUACACAUCAUUCCAAGAGCGAGCCACAUUCGUAUCACACGGAAACACAGCUCGCUUAGCAAAAGAAGGAGGCGAUCCAGUGCUUGCGCGCAUAUGCGGUACAAUUGCAGCAGACGAGAAGCGUCACGAGAACGCGUACUCAAAAAUCGUGGAGAAGCUUCUUGAAGUUGACCCCUCAGGAGCAAUGGUAGCCAUUGGUGACAUGAUGGAGAAAAAGAUCACAAUGCCUGCACAUCUUAUGUAUGAUGGACAAGACCCUAAGCUAUUCGAGCAUUUCGCAGCCGUGGCACAACGCACGGGCGUCUACACAGCUAAUGAUUAUGCUGAUAUCUUGGAGUUUUUAGUCGAACGGUGGAGGUUGGAGAAGUUGGAAGGAUUAACAAGCGAGGGUCAAAAGGCGCAAGAUUAUGUUUGUGGCUUAGCACCGAGGAUUAGGAGGCUGCAAGAGCGCGCUGAUGCCCGGGCAAGGAAGAUGAAGCCACAUGGUGUCAAGUUUAGUUGGGUUUUCAAUAAAGAGGUAAUUUUGUGA